GUGCUGCACGCCGCCCAAUGAUAAGCACUCGCGUUGUAUAUAAGAUCCCCCGUUCGUCCUCUGAUCUGUUUCCCGUGUAACAGGUAUACUAGCCGUGCCACCUAUCUGUCUAUGUCGAGGGAACGGCUCUCUUCCUCCCCAUGCCUGUGAAAGCCCAUUCCCCGACCGACGCGGUCCUACCUCCAGGUACGGUGCACUUGGUCGAAACGCAGUCGGAUGGCAUUAUUCUCAUCCCCAAGCCCUCAGCGGACCCAGAUGACCCGCUCAACUGGUCGCAGAGACGCAAGUGGCUCAAUGUGGGUUUGGUGCUGUUCUACGUGUUCACUACCGGCAUUGGCGGGACGUCCGUCUACUCGGUAUUGACCCCCAUCUCCAAGGACACUGGCAUAACCAUUGGCCAGCUGAAUACUGGCACGGGGUUUCUAUUCCUGAUGGCCGGAUGGACCAACCUUAUUUGGCAACCACUAGCUCUCACCUUCGGUCGACGUCCUGUUAUUCUAUUAAGCCUGCUAGGUUGCGUUGCCGUGUCCGAAUGGACCGCGUGGAUUGACCGCUAUUCACCAUGGGCGGCUGCACGCUGUUUGUACGGGCUGGUGUGUGCUCCAGUCGAAGUGCUGCCGGAGAUCUGUAUCCCCGACGUGUUCUUCGCCCAUGAACGCGGUGCCUAUAUUGGAUGGUAUAUGCUUGUAUUAUGCGCAAGUAAUUUUAUCGCCCCGCUCAUUGCCGGAUUCAUGAACGAUGCCUAUGGAUGGCAUUGGGUGCAGCACUGGGCGGCACUCAUUCUGGCGUUGAACUUCGUCAUCGCUUUCUUCUUCUACGAAGAAUCAAUGUACACACGCGAGAGUGUCGAAGCCGAGAAGAUCGACGAGGUCCCGGAUACAUCACCCGGUCCACUUAAGAAUCUGCAGACCUCCGAUGUCACAGAUAGCCCUGUUUUUGGGGAGCGAAAACGGUUUAUGCAGAAGAUGAGGCUGUGGUCGUCCAAUCGAAUUUCCCUAACUCAGGCCUUUCGUAUCGCGUAUCGACCUAUUUUUAUUUUCUUCCUGUUCCCGAACAUUAUGUGGUCUGGCUUUACCUAUGGCUUUUCGCUGGCAUGGUACAAUGUAUAUAAUGCAACUACAUCGUCUAUUCUGUCUUCACCCCCUUACAACUUCUCCGCCGCGAUUGUGGGCUUGUCAUAUGUCGCACCUCUGAUCGGCACACUAUUUGCUGGCAUUAUUUCUGGCCCAUUUGCCGAUUGGCUAACUUUAAAAUUGGCGCGCCGCUCCAAAGGUCUCCGCGAACCUGAGCAGCGUCUCUGGGGACUCAUCAUUUAUUGCAUUCUGAUGCCAGCAGGUCUCCUUAUCUGGGGUCUGGGUGCAUACUACCGACUGCAUUGGGCUGUCCUACUAUUCGGUGGUAUCCUAUGCGGCUAUUGCAAUGUGGCCGGUGGUAGUUACGCUCUGGCAUAUGCAGUUGAUUGCUUUAAGGAACUAGCGGGGGAGUCCAUCGUCUCCGUGAUCCUGUGCCGAAAUACAAUUAGCUUUGCUUUCAAUUAUGCCAUAACUCCGUGGAUAGACGACCAAGGGUUAUUGAAAACCUUCAUCGCUGUUGCAGUGUUGUCUUGUGGGUUUGGACUUUCCUUUUUGAUUAUGGAAUGGAAGGGAAAGACGUUUAGGACCAAAUGCGCAGAGAGGUAUUGGCGGUAUGUUGACACACAGGUUGUGAAGCAUGCGUGAAUAUCUUAUAACUUGAUACAUAUGUCUGCUGGUACAUAUUGUAUAUAUACACACUUAUAUAAGCGGCCUUGCUUGUCGAUAGGCUUAGUAUAUUGAGAUUUUGUUACAGGAGCGUUCUGGAUGAGUGAUUACAUUCUUUAUUUGGCACGUCAAGUUAAGCCCCUAAACCAAUUGAAUUGAAUCCUAUCCGACGCCAUGGACUCGACCGUGGGAACCCCUUCCCGAUAUUUAGAACCAAUCUUAACACCGA